CCAAACGCGGCCCAAACCGAAUUAUUCCUGCUUCGGUCGCAAGUCUGUCCGAUCUCCCCUGCUUCAGGCACGGCGUGCUCGGUCAGUCGCCUCUCAUCGCACCGACGACCUCCUGGCCUGACCAGUGAGUGACCACCCACCUUGCCGCGGCGUCGUCUGUGAUUGAUCUCGUCGGUGGCACCCGCGCCCACGCACGAACCAAGAGGGGUUUGGGCGCGGCAGUAUUGGAAAAUCGAAUCGAUGGUUGUGGCGGCGGCGGCGGCAGAGGAAGAGGAGCUGUGUCACAUGGGACCCGCCUCUGGAGUGACACAUGCGGACGUCGCGGUAGCGGAGGAAGGGCUCGGGGGAGACGACGGCGAGAUCCUACGAUUCAUGGACUCGGCGGACGGCUACCUCCUCCUGAUGGACUCGCUCUCCUCCUCUCUACGCCAGGGUUGGCUUGAUCUGGCAAGUGCGCGUCAUUCGAUGGGCGCAUCGCGUGUCUCCAGCACACUGUUUGAUCAUAAAGAGCAAUCUGCGGCCACUAAGCUGCAAGUGGAUUGUUCUGCAGACUUGCACCCAUCAGACUCAAGCCCACAGUUUUCUCUGUCGAAGUGGUGUUUGCCAGAAGAAUCAAACUCCAGUGGCGCGCAAGAUAGUGCUGAACCAAAACUAAGGUAUCGAGGAGGAGCAGCUACUACCCCAGAUGGUAACACUGAAUCAGAUGCAAAUACCGCAAAGUCUUGUACUGGUGUUGACGGUAGCGGUCAGGUUCAAAGGGCAAGAUCAAAAGCAUUAUCAGUCUUCGGAGCAUUGGUGUCUCCAAAAUUACGAACAACCCAAGUAUCCUUCGAAACAGCACUUGAACUAAUCGUGGAAUUAGCAAAUUCAAGAUCAACCAUACUCUCUAGUUUCUCCCAGAUAAAACAUGAAUCAGGAGUUUCUGCCUGAAUUUGAGGUUUUGUACCCACACCAUACGCAAUCAGCAUUGCUUGCAGAAAUUAUCAUAAUCCCAUUUGCAAUGUUACUAUACGUGGAAACGUAAUUGUUCAUUUUUUUUUGCCAUGUUGUACUCUGGGUAGGCUUACAGCCACAGGGACAGACACACCAUUUUCUCUUCAAAUAAUAUUCAGUUGCUAAGCUAAA